AUGUCGCUGGACCUUCCGAUGGUACUCCAGAGUGGACUCUGGGCUAUUGUUAUCCUUCUACCGCUACUUUGUGGUCUUUGCGUCGUCCUCCUCCUUCAGUUUAACAGACAGGCGCCCUUUCCUGACGGAGCGCCACGGCCACUCGGAGAGGGCUAUCCUAUUCUCGGCGUGCUACGGUUCUUUUCAGACCGGUACAGCAUGUACGUCGAUGGCAUUUCUUUCUCUAAAACGGGAAACUUCAGCUUUUAUUUUGGCAAACAUCAGAUUGUUGGGAUUUCGGGUCUCGAAGCCCGCAAGGUUUUCUUUCAGAGCAAAUCAAUGGACUUGAGCCAAGGUUACACACUUCUCCUAGCUACAACUCCAUCCUUCGAGGCCUCACCCCGUCCUCCUGAUGAAGCGCUUCAUUCGUCCCAAUGGUUUCGUAAUACUCUUGCCGGCAUGAUGUCAAAAGACAACCUUGUGGCCAAUCUCCCGCGCAUGGUUAACGACAUCAACACUAAUUUCAAGAAUGCGGCAGACCCCAUUACCAACACUGGCAUUAUUGACAUCUUUGACGAGAUCAGCUACAUUGUGUACCAGUCGACAAUGCGAGUCAUCGGUUUCAACAAGAUAGCCGACUCGGAGGAGCUCUGUAGCACGACACUCAAGUUAUUCGAACGUAUCGAAGAUGGGACUUCUCCAUCGCGCAUCAUUUUCCCAUGGCUGCCCACCCCAGCUUUUCUUCGACGACUCACUGCAGGCAUAAAACUAUAUCAAACCUUCAAACGACUUCUUCAAGUGCGAGAAGACUGUGACCAAAAGAUUGACGAUGCGUCACAAUCGCUCGCGAACAGCGGAACCCCCAUUAAAGAGAUUAUUGGCUUUGUACUUGGUACGUUGUUUGCAAGUCAAGUCAAUACCCCAAUCUGUGCUGCCUGGCUGCUGGUUUAUCUAGCUACAAAUCCACACUGGCUCGAUCUAGUGCGUACUGAGGUCGACUCUGUACUAAAGAAGCAUGGGGCCCCAGACGAGACACCUCAAGAAACUUUUGGCCGCCUGAGCAUUGACGUGUGGGAGUCUGAGUUUCCUCUGAUACAAUUAUGUUUGCGUGAGUGUAUCAGGCUUCAUCUUGCUGGAUCAGCAUUCCGCAGAAAUAUCAGCGGCAAAAGUGUCCCAAUUGGGAGUACUGGAGAGGUCAUACCGAAAGAUGCCUAUCUUUUUUAUCUCGUUGACGAAGUUCAUUUCAACCCAGAUAUCUACCCUAAUCCAAACCUGUGGGACCCUGGUAGAUAUCUCCCAAAUGGGUCUCAAAGCAGUGAUAUUCCACUCAGUUAUCUUGGUUGGGGAGCCGGCCGGCAUCCAUGCGUGGGUAUGAGACUUGCCAAGCUCAGUGUGGCGAUUCUUAUAAGCAGUUUUGUUUCUACGUUCACGUUUACACUAUGCAAUGACCAAGGCGAAACCGUCGCUGAGCCGCCGAUGCCAGACCGCAAGUUGCAUAGUCCCCGCAAACCAUCUGUUCCUGUCAAGUUGAGGGUCAAACGCAUAUAA